UUUUGAUAAGAAUCCUACAACAAAAAAUAAAAAAUUGACAAAAAUUGACAGAAAAACCAAAACGAUGUUAGAUCUUUUGAGGCAAAAUCUCUUUUUAUUGACUACCUUUGUUAUUGCUAAUGCAUUUAAUGCAAUGGCCGCUCCAGUACCCGGUGAAACGGAUCCUGAAUUGGUGACCCGUGGCGCGUAA